AUGGACGGCACCGUGCUCCCCUCGCUUCCCGAGCUGCGGCUACACACGCCGCGAGAUGCGAUUGACGCACAAGCCAUCGUGGCCCAAUGGCUCUCCCAGCUGCAAAAGUGCUUCGAGCAGCGUGUCUACGACGACAUGGCGCACCUCUUCAUCGACGACUGCUGGUGGAGGGACAUACUCGGCCUCGCGUGGGACUUUACCACCAAGCAGGGCCGAGACACGAUCGGGGCGUACCUGACCAGCUCGGAAGUCAGUCUAGACAACCUAUCCCCAAGCGCCGGCGGCCUGAAGCCAGCGCUGGUUGAAUGGGGAGAAAUGGCCUUUGUCCAGUCGGGCUUCGUCUUCGGCACGCGACACGGCCACGGCCGAGGGCUGGUGCGCCUCGCCCACGGCGCAGACGACACCUGGAAGGCGUGGACCGUCUUCACACAGCUGGAAGAGCUGAAGCAGAGCCCGGCCGUCGACGGAGCAAGCAGCGCCGCCGGAGACGCGCCGGUCCUCAUCGUCGGCGCAGGGCAAGCGGGCGUCAUGCUCGGCACCCGCCUGCGGCACAUGGGCGUGCCGGUGCUCCUCGUCGAGAGGCACCAGGCCGUCGGCGACGCGUGGCGCUCCCGCUACGACUCGGUGCGCCUUCACACGCCCAAGUGGACGGACCACUACCCCUUCCUGCGGUACCCGGAUACCUGGCCCGAGUGGCUGGGCCGCGACCGCGUGGCCGACUUCCUCGAGCACUACGCGCAGCUAAUGGGUCUGGACAUUCUGCUCGGCACGAGCGUCACGUCCGUCCGGCGCGACGGGGCGAAAUGGGCCGUCGAGGUGUACGGGCCCAAGGGCAGACGGACCAUGUUCCCGCGGCACGUGGUCCUCGCCACGGGCGUCGUGAGCGACCAGCCCAACAUGCCGCGUUUCCCGGGCCAAGAUUCCUUCAAGGGGCUCGUGUACCACUCGAGCCAGAGAAAGUCGGGACACCUGGUGCCCGACGUGGCGGCGAAGAGCGUCGUCGUCGUCGGGUGCAGCACGAGCGGGCACGACGCGGCACAGGACUUUGUCAACUGCGGCGCAAAGCAAGUGUCCAUGGUGCAGCGGCACGCCAUCUUCUGCGUGUCCAGCGAGUCCUGGAAGACGAUGCAGCUGGGGCUCUGGAACAUGGAGGGCCUGGGGCUCGACGAGGCCGACGUGCUGGGCAACUCGUUCCCGACGGCGGUGAUACGCACCAUGAGCAUCGGGCUGACGGCGGCCAUGGCCUCGGCCGACGCGGAGAUGCUCGAGGGCCUGCGCGGCGCCGGGCUGGCCGUGCGCACGGGGGGCGACGGGUACGGCCUCGCGGACCACCAGCUCGUUCGCGGCGGGCACUUUUACAUUGAUCAGGGGGCCAGCCGGAUGAUUGUCGACGGGCGCAUCCGCGUGCACCGCUGCGAGGGCGGCGUGCGCGAGAUGGCCGAGAGGUCGGUGACGCUGGAUGACGGGACGGAGCUCGAGGCCGACGUGGUGGUGCUGGCGACGGGGUACCGCCGGAACAUUGACCAUGUGCGCGCGCUCAUGGGCGACGAGGUUGCCGACCGGCUCGCGGGGUUUGGGGACUUGGACGGCGAGCAGGAGCGCAGGGGGUGGUGGCGGCCUACGGGCGUCGAGGGCUUCUGGUACAUGACCGGCAGCUUCAUGUGGUGUCGGCAGUUCUCGCAGGCGCUGGCGUUGCAGAUUGCUGCGGAUUUGGGACGGAGCGUUUCCCCUGGCGGCGAGGCAUAA